UCGUGUUUGAAGGACAAAUGUGGAAUAUUUUAUCCGGAAGCCGUGUAUUUCCAGUCUGCAGAUCAGGUCCUGUGAGCGUCAGUAUCACACAGUGAUCACAGUUCACACCUGCAGUGAAGCCCCUCCCACAACAAUUCACCAAUAAAUACUGGGAAUAUUCCCAUCAUCCUACAAGAGAAGGACAAACUCCAGGAGUAGCAGCUGAAAUCUGUGUGACUGUUAAAGUAAAGAUGGAGUUUAUUAAAGAGGAGAUUGAAGAGAUGACUGAUCCAGAACCAUCCAGAAUAAAACAUGAAGAUACUGAGGAACAAAUAGACUGGAUGGAGAUGAAACCGCAAAAACAUGAACUGAGUGAAGCAGAGGAGGAACAGCAGAGCAUCAAAACUCAAAGAACAAAAGCCAAUAAGCUGCACUCCUGCUCUCAGUGUGGAAAGAGUUUCAGACACAAAGGAGACCUUAAAAAACACACAAAAAUUCACACUGGAGUGAAACCGUAUACAUGCCCUCAGUGUGGGAAGAGUUUUGCUUUUGCAUCAGAUCUCAGUAAGCAUCUGCGUGUUCACACUGGAGAGAAACCAUUUAACUGUGAUCAGUGUGGUAAAGAUUUUCAUUCGUCAGCAAAUUUAAAACAACACCUGAAAGUUCAUUCAGAUGAGAAGCCUUAUGUGUGUUCAUUCUGUGGAAAGAGUUUUUCAAGGCUGGAUCAUUGUAAAACGCACCAGAAAACACACAAUGAAGUUAGAGAUCAUGUGUGUUGUGACUGUGGGAAGAGCUUUACUAGAACUGACCAACUGAAAAAUCAUCAAAGAACUCAUACUGGAGAAAAACCUUUCAAGUGCUCAUAUUGUGACAAGAGUUUCGCUCGUUCUGAUAACCUGAAAUUACAUGAGCGAGUUCAUACUGGAGAGAAGCCGUACUACUGUACUCAGUGUGGAGAGAGUUUCAUAUGUCCCAAAGGUCUCAAACAUCAUCUUUUCAUUCACUCUGGAGAAAAACCAUUUAACUGUGAUCAGUGUGGUAAAGAGUUUAUUUCAUCAUCACGUCUAAAACAACACCAGAAAGUUCAUUCAGAUGAGAAGCCUUACGUGUGCUCCUUCUGUGGAAAGAGUUUUUUAUGGCUAAAGAGUUUUAAAGGGCACCAGAAAACACAUAAUGAAGUGAGCGAUCAUGUGUGUUGUGACUGUGGGAAGAGCUUUACUAGAGAUGUCGAUCUGAAACGGCACAAAAGAAUUCAUACUGGAGAAAAACCUUACAAGUGCUCAUACUGUGAUGAGAGUUUUGCUCGUUCUGAAACCCUGAAAUCACACGAGCAAGUUCACACUGGAGAACCCGUACCAGUGUAUUCAGUGUGAGAAGAGU